AUGAAGACAGCCCCCUGCCCUCCGGGGUUGGGGAAGGCACCCCUCGGUGUUGGCCUCCGCCACAGCGCCAAGCGGGACCGGAAGUCCAUCACUCUGCACGUGAAGUUGGAGGUGCUUCGGAGGUUUGAGGAGGGUGAGAAGUUGACGCAGAUUGCCCGGGCCCUGGGGCUGGCCACCUCCACCGUUGCCUCGAUCCGUGUCAACAAGGACAAGAUCCGGGCCAAUUCUCAGGCAGCUGCGCCUGUCAGCGCCACACAGCUGACUCGCUGCCGUGGUGUGUUGAUGGGCCAUAUGGAACGCCUGCUGAGUCUGUGGAUCGAAGAGCAGAAGCGGCAGAACCUGCCCGUCAGCACACUGCUGAUCCAGGAUAAGGCACGCCGGCUCUUCGCACAGCUGCAGCAUGAGCAAGGCAGUGGCGUCCCCACCGAGACCUUUGGGGCCAGCAAUGGCUGGUUUGCCCGCUUCAAGUCACGCCACAACGUGCUGUUGACAGAUGAGCCGGCCGUGGCUGAUGCCCAGGCUGCGGCCUGCUACCCCCCGGUGCUGCGCUCCAUCCUGGAGGAGGGCAGCUACUCCCCGCAUCAGGUCUUCAACGUGGAUGAGACGGGCCUGUUCUGGAAGCGGCUGCCUGAGCGCAUGCUGCUGGAGCUGGAGGGGAUGACUGGGCCAGGGCCCAAGGCCUCUAAGGACCACCUGACCCUGCUGCUUGGUGGCAAUGCAGCUGGUGACUUCAAGCUGAAGCCACUGCUGGUGUACCCCUCGGAGAACCCACGUGCCCUCCGGGGCUGCUCCAAGGCCAGCCUGCCUGUGGUCUGGCGCUCCAACCGCAAUGACUGGCUGACACCCAGCAUCUUCCAGGAGUGGUUUACUGGCUGCUUCUGCCCCGCUGUGGAGAGCUACUGCGCCAGCCACAGCCUCCCGCACCGCGCCCUGCUGCUGCUGGACAGCGCACCCUGCCACCCGGCCCACUUGGGUGGCCUCUCGGCCCAUGUGCGUGUGGAGUUCCUGCCCAAGAACACAUCAGCCCUGAUCCAACCCAUGAAUCAGGGCGUCAUUGCCACCUUCAAGGCCCAUUAUCUGCGCCGCACACUCAGCCAGCUGGUCCAGGAGACGGCUGGUGCGGACCGGCCCUCUGUGCGGGAGUUCUGGCGCAGCUAUACUGUCAUGACCGCUGUAGACAACAUCGCUGAGGCCUGGGCAGAACUGCAGCCCGCCACCAUGAAUAGUGCCUGGAGAAAGCUCUGGCCUGAAUGCGUGCCUGCUGGUGCUGCUGAACCCAAUGCUGUACCCCAGCUCCGCCGUAGCAUUGUGGUGCUAGCCAGCCACGCAGGCCUUGGGGGUGUGGCUGAAACCGAUUUCACCCCUCUGCUGCAGGCCCAUGGGGAGCCCUUGCCUCGCAGCAUCCCCCAGGAUGUGGAGGAUGGGGAUGUCAGUGGCCCUGGGCUGCCCUGGGAGGCAGGGAAAUGCCUGGCUUCCAGGAGAGCAGAGUCAGAUCUCACGGAGGCCACGGUGGGCGUGGGGACUGAGGAGGCUGGUGUGGGUGCAUUGAGCCCUGAGCACCUGGCACAGGCCCUGUCCCACUUUGCUGCUGGCCUGCGAGUCCUCGUAGAGAAUGAUCCCAACCGGGAACGUAGCCUGCGGGUGUCCCGGGGUGUCCACUGUGCCCUCACCCGCCUCCGGGAGCUGCACCGGGAAAAGAGGCGACAGGCUCGGGCAGCUGCAUCCUCAAGUGGCCCCAUUGUGACAACGAGGGAAUUGGCAGGAAGCCUGUACUCACCCCAGGCGGGGCCUACAAAGGGUGGGCAAGUGGCUAAGGGCACAAACCCUGAAGGACAGACCUCUUUGGCUGUUCUGUGUGAUUUGGGACUUGGGCCUGACCUCAGAUGA